ACUUUCCUUCCAGCGUCUAUGGUGUGAAUAACCUGUGGAGACACGUUGAUCUGAGCUAUCUGAUUGGCCAGCGGUAGGCCUAUAGGUGCACCAGAUAUGCACCUGUAGUGCACACCUCUACCUUCAGACUAAUGAAAUGGUUAAAAAAAGUGAACACUUUACCUUCCCGGCGCUAGGGCUGCUGUAUCGUUGUUGUUUUUUACAGAAAUGUUUGGUGAUCAACUAAGAAUGCCUUUGAGAUUGUCCAGUCGCUAUCGACCGGUUGGUGAACAUUGAUCUUAUUUAUAAACAAUGCUGACCAAUGUUGACCUUUUUCCAAGGUCUCCUUUUAUUCUGUUUACGGCUGUAUGCUUCCAUGUGAGUUGCAGAUUACACUUUUUCUUAUACCAAAUGUGUUUUAUUUUAUACUCAUUUCUUAUUCUCUAUUAGGAUGUUUUUCCUGUGGAAUUUGGUCCCAAGUAUGACGCCGCAAUAGAGAAACUAAUGUGUCAGUUUCUUUCAAGACUUGAGAAGCUACUUAUCAAAUUUUCAACAGGCUGCAUUCCUGCUCAGUGAUGUCCCCUCUGUUCUGGAGGAAUGUGUUGAGUCCAUGUCUCACCCUCAGCAGCUGAAAACCCUACUUCAGUACCACAGAGAUCUCGGCCAGCUGGACAACCAUGGUAAGCAUCUCUCACAGGAUCCAUGUAGAUGCUAGCUUUUCUUCAGUAGAGGACAUUAAAAUGUAUUCUUUAUUUAACCAUUGUCUUUAAUUUAUCCUCAUCCUUUUCUAGAUACUCUUGUCUUCCACUGUUGGGGACUGCAUUCUCUCUGCUCUCUGUUUCCCUCCUGUAGAAAGGGUGAUUGCAACAGAACAAACAGAAUCAGAAACACCAGUAUCAUCCUUGAAUGUCUUCAUGGAUACAUUCACCAAAGAGUUGGAUGUGGACUCUGCAACACUGACAGAGUACACAGAGAUGGAACCGGGGACAAGUAUGAAUGUCGUAGAAAGAGAGGAGAGGGUGGAAUGUGAGAGAAACAACAAACUAUCUAUAGAGUUUGCUGACCCUGUGGACCAUGAGAACAUGGAGGUUCAUGCCGGUAAUGAAGAAGAGAAGGUUGUGGGGAUUGGACCAGUAAAAGAUGAGACGGAAGAUAUUGUUGAAGAGGUGGACUCCAGGUACAAAACAGUGAUGGUUAUUGGGGCAGAUGGGGUGGCGCAGACUUAUGAAGAUUUAAGUGUCAAAAGGAAGAGAUCUUUCAGAAAGCCUCAAAUAAAGACACAUAAAGCCAGUGUAAGUCAUGGAGAACAAAUUACAAGCAUAGACGUGUCUGAUGCGAUCAUAUCCUCCAUGCUUCACAAGCCUUUAGUGAAGUUACAAAGGAUUGACACUACUAACCUGAUGUUGCCCUGUAGACCAGUUAGACAAAACAGGGGGCGUAAGAUGAAAACAUUGAUAGCACGAGAAUGUAAACAAACCGAGACAGAAUUGACUAAAGAAAAAACAUUAAAGUGCGGUGCAGACAUGAAGCGGCACCAGAAAAUCCACACAGGGGAGCGCCCAUUUCAGUGUCUCCAGUGUAGGAAGCUCUUCCAGUGCCAUUUUGAUCUGACGAGACAUCAGCAAAAUAUGUGUAAAGUAGUUGUGUCAAAACCUAAAGGUAAAAGACCAAAGCAGCUCAAUGGAAAUGACGAAAGACCUGAAAUGUUGAAUAAGUGUCAUAAGAGUUACAAGGACCCGCAGAGCUUGGAGAAACCGAGACUAAAAUGUGAAAAAAAAACUCUUAAGAAAAGGCGUAGCAGAUCUCCAGCUAGUAAUGAGAAGGAGUCUGAGAUGUCCAGUGAAGCAGUCCAAAAACCUGAAGGAGGGGACACAGAGCUGGCCAGUGGAACUCCUCGAGGCAACACCUGAGGACAGUGACUCGUCCUCCACCAGUACACCCCAAGACCCAUCUUACGAAUCUAACCAGACUGAAAAACGCAAACAGUCAAAAGUGUGCUGCAUUUGUAAAAAACUUUUGCCAAAAUCUUACAGCAUGCAAGUUCACAUGAGAUCCCACUCAGAUCUGCGCCCUCACAAAUGUCCUCAUUGUGGGCAGAUGUUCAAGAACUUCAAUGAUAUGAGAAAGCACAUUGUAAAGAUAGUGUGCAAGGUGCUGCGAGCUGAGUCUGAAGAGGCCCAAGUACAUGCACUCACCCACAGCCCUCUCCACUGCACUGAGUGCAGUAGGAUGUUUACAGACCCAGAAAAGCUAGACAGGCAUACAUUGCACAAGCCCUUGAAAUGCACCUUGUGUGAAAACAGCUUCAAUGGUGUCAAGCCACUCAAGAAACACUAUCUGGAUGUCCAUAAAUUCAGCGGGCCAUUCCUCUGCACCUACUGUGAGAAAAGCUACACUGAUUUAGCAGCUCUCCUCAGACACGAGAGGACUCACACCGGAGACCUCCCAUACCAGUGCUCCUACUGUCCAAGGAAGUUCAACUUAUCAGCGGUUGUUGACGAACACGAGAGAAUACACACAGGAGAGAAACCAUGCCUUUGCUGGGAGUGUGGAAAGGGCUUUAUCAACAAUGCAAAACUGAAAAUGCACAUGCUAAAUGUUCACAGAAAACCUGAAGAUAAACACUUCUCCUGCUCCCAGUGUGACAAAUCUUACGCGUUACAAAGGACGUUACAAGGCCAUGUGGCGAGACAUCAUGCUGGGGUGCGUUAUCCAUGCACAUACUGCGGUAAGCUGUUUCUUAGCAUGUCCUCAUUGACAAGGCAUGACCUGAUUCACACUCAGGAGAGGCCUUUUAAAUGCACAGAGUCUGAGUGCGGCAAAAGUUUCAAAUCGAAAUCUGAAGUGAAGGUACACAUGAGAUAUCAUACUGGAGAGCGGCCUUUUCAGUGUAAAGUCUGUGGGAAGGGUUUUACUCAAAACUGUUAUAUCACUCGACACAUGCAAACUCAUACGGGGGAGAAGCCGUAUCUGUGUUCUGUCUGUGGGAGAAACUUUUCUGACUUACGGGUACGGAAAAGACACAUGAUGACUCACACCGGAGAGAAGCCCUACAAGUGUUUAAAAUGCGAGAAAGCUUUCAGUCGGACAGAACUUUUAAAAGCACAUGACAAGAAAGAACACUGAGCAAAUUCAAGUCAAGAUGAAUAUUUUAGCUUUUAAGUUUUUGCCUAUAGAUGUUAGUUAAAUAUUUUGUCCCACACACGUCUCCAACUCAAUCAUUGAGUUUGCAGACGAGCCCUGGAGAUGAGAGCCCUGAUGGAGUGGGGCCAGGAAAAUAACCUCUCCCUCAACGUGAACAAAACAAAGGAGCUGAUCGUGGACUUCAGGAGACAGCAGAGAGACCACGCCCCCAUCCACAUCGAUGGGGCCGCAGUGGAAAGGGUGAAAAGCUUCACGUUCCUCUGUUUGCACAUCACUGAAAACCUGAAAUGGUCCAUCCACACAGACAGUGUAGGGAACAAGGCGCAACAGCGCCUCUUUAACCUCAGGAGGCUGAAGAAGUUUGGCCUGGCCCCUUAGAUCCUCACAAUCUUCUACAGAUGCACCAUUGAGAGCAUCCUGAUGGGCUGUAGAUAGGCUGACUGAACCACAAUCUGGAGAGCCAAACACAUCACUGGAGGCACACUGCCUGCUCUCCAGGAUAUCUACAGCACCCGGUGUCACAGGAAGGUCAAGAAGAUCAUCAAGGACCUCAGCCACCCGAGCCAUGGCCUGUUCACCCCCCUACCA